GAAGGAGUGCAGGUUUGUUCACAGCUUCUACUCUGACCACAAUCUCCGUGUUCUAAAACAGUAUGGACUUGAGAUUUUAAACUGGAAUGAACUUCACCAGCUCUUGCUUCAAAAUGACCCUUCCCUCUUACCAGAGGUUUGCUUGCAUUAUAACAAAGGUGAUGGACCUUAUGGAUCUUGUACCUAUAAAAAGAUCUGCACCAAGCUGCAUGUUUGCCAGUUCUUUCUGCAGGGACAGUGCAGAUUUGGCAGCAGCUGCAAGCGAUCCCAUGACUUGCUAAAGUCAGAAUGUUUUGAGAAACUGGAGAGACAGGGAAUGAAUUCAUACACUAUUGAGAAGCUACUGUCCCUUUAUAGGAAUAUGUAUGACAUAAAAAAUGGCAACAGAAACAUGUAUGACAUAGAAGAUACCACGUCUUCACCCUGCAAAGAGAGAAAACACAGCUCUAGCCAAGAGUCCUCAACUAAAAAUGAUGAUGACUUGGAACAGAUCUGUUUGUAUCACCUGUACAGAAGUUGUGGCUUUAAAGAUAGAUGUAUCAGAACUCAUUUUCACUUGCCAUAUAGAUGGCAGAUGUCUGAUGAUGGUACCUGGAAGGACUUGAAGAAUAUGGAAGAAAUAGAAAAGUCAUAUUGUGACCCCAAUAACACCAGGUAUAAUCCUCCCUUUUUUAAUAGUUUUUUUAUUGGUCCUACUAUCUUGUCAUGUAUCCAUUUUUCAAAUAUGUGGUGUGGAUUUGAAAAGGUUAGACGUCUUUCUACAGUCUCCUCUGUGGCCAGACCGCCUCACUUCAUUCUUACAACAGAAUGGAUCUGGUACUGGAAAGAUGAAUAUGGCCAGUGGCAGGAAUAUGGAAAAAAAAGUGAUGAUCAUGCAGCUGCCACUGUCUCCAGUGCUGACCUGGAGAAAGCUUAUAUAGCCAAAGCUGCUUCAAAGCUGAACUUCAAAGCUGGAAGACAUGAAUAUGAACUCAAUUUUGGAGCCAUGAUUCAGAAAAACCUUCGCUAUGGAACAGAGAGAGUUGUUUGCAGAAGACCUAGAUUUGUCUCUCAGACAGAGGUAGAAAAGACAAAAGCAAGGGGCUUUAAACAUACAGAAGAAUUUAAGGGCGUUCCAGCUCACUGGGACAAAUCUGCCCUGCCUGAAGUGGGAUUCAAGCUGGUUGAGCUUGACAGUUCUUCUGAAGAAUACAAGAAAGUCAAGGUGAACUUUCAACGCACAAUGCUCAGAGCAGUUAUUAAAAGGAUUCGUAGAGUUCAGAACCCGUCUCUCUGGGAGCUGUAUCAGUGGCAGAAGGAACAAAUGCAGAAGAGCAGUGGUGGAAAGGCUGUGGAUGAGCGAUUUUUAUUUCAUGGGACUAGUAAAAAAUACAUUGAUGCCAUCUGUCAGCAAAACUUUGACUGGAGGAUCUGUGGCCUUCAUGGGACAGUCUACGGCAAAGGAAGCUAUUUUGCAAGGGAUGCAUCUUAUUCUGACAACUACUGCAGAGAAGACUCAUACACCAAGACCAUGUUUGUGGCACGUGUGCUGGUCGGGGAGUUCACUCUUGGUAGUUCUUCUUAUGUUCGCCCUCCCUUGAAGGACAGCCAAAACUUCUAUGAUAGUUGUGUGAAUAACUUUUCAAACCCUUCUAUCUUUGUCAUCUUUGAGAAGCAGCAGAUUUAUCCAGAGUAUCUCAUAGAAUACAGGGACUAGGCAUUGGUAAAAAUGCUACAGCAGCAAACCCAUCAUUAUGUUUAG